AGUGCCUAAGACAAAAGUUACUAGAAUUGCAGGAGGCUUGUCUUCUGGUGGCUCUGGGCUCGGAAAACUUUCUUCUGUGACCUGCUUCUCCAGAGGAUUCUAAAUUGGCCUUUCUAGCACCAGCAAGAACAAGAGGGAGGCUGAAGUCCCCAGGGAAAGCCAGAAGACAGAUACUGCAAAGGGUCUGUUCCCUUCCUGGGGAAGCCUGGUCUUGCUCAGUGUUCUGCAGCCACAAAUAGCAGUCGAGAAAGAGGGACGAUUGUGGAUGAACCCACUGAGGUAACAGUUAUUUACUGAGCACCUACUAUGUGCCAGGCAACCCGGCCUUGGCAGACAAGAUCCUUGCACCGUGCAACUCACGUUCUUGCAGGAGAGACAGUGUACAUCAUGUAGAAUCAUGUGGAGGGUCACCUGGCCACUGGCGUGAGGUUCCUGGGCCUUAGACCCCUUCCCAGGAAGGGAGCGUCCAGGUGGGUGGGCAGCAUGAGCUUGGAGCCCCUCAGCCCAGGCACCCGCCGGCGGCUUCUCCACGGGCAGCCAGGUCCCCUCCCGGAGCCCCCCCCCAGCAGCGUGGCCAUCUUCAUCAGCUCCGCCGUCUCAGAUAUGGAUGCAGAGAGGGAGGCCCUGCAGUCUGCCGCCUGCCCACAAGUGCAGACCUUCUGCCAAAAGCACGGCCUGACAUUCGAGGUUGUUGAUCUGAGGUGGGGAAUUCAGAACUCGGAGGCCACUGACCACAUGACCACCGAAAUCUGCUUGGAAGAGCUGGACCGGUGUCGCAAGACGUCCAUCGGGCCAGCUUUUGUUGCCCUUAUAGGUGACCAGUAUGGCCCCUGUCCGGUCCCCUCCGUGAUCGAGGAGAAGGAGUGGGAGGCUCUGAGGGCCCAGCUGAGCGCCAGGCCACGUGACCUGGAGCUGGUGGCACGACGCUUCCGGAGAGACGAGAACUCAGUUCCUCCUACCUACGUCCUGCAGGCGACAGGUGGCAGGGAGGCUCCUGGGCCUGAGGAGGCCACUCUGACCUCUGUCCUUCGCUCUGGAGCUCAGGAGGCCUGGAGGCGGGGCCUCAUCAGCCAGGAGCAGUGGCACCGCCACCACCGGUCAGUCAUCGAGUGGGAGAUGGAGCGGGGCCUGCUGGGCUCAGCGGCCGGGGAGCGGGGCGCCACUGUCUUCCUUCGAGAGAUCCAGGACCUCAGCAAGCACAUCCUGGAGGACUGCGCCCUCAAGAUGGUGGACCGGCUCGCGGACGGCUGCCUGGACACCGACGCCCAGAACCUUCUGAGGGACCUCAAGGGGCGCGUCGCCGACGCACACCCCGGGGUCCUCAAGACCCACCGCCUGCCGUGGAGCCGCGACCUGGUGAACCCCAAGAACAAGGCUCAUGCCCGCUACCUCCAGGAGCUGGGCGAGCAGUUUGUGGCCAGGGCUGACCACCAGGUCCUGGAGCAUCUCCGGGAGCUGCAGCUGGCCGGGCGGGACCUGGCCUGGCUCUACCAGGAGAUCCGCCACCACCUCUGGCAGGGCGCAGAGGCCACCGGGACCCCCCGAACUCAUCUUCUCAGCCCCCUGAAAGAUGGCCCUGCCUCUAACUCGGUGGAUCAGUUAGCCUUCAUCCCGCGACAACGUGGAGGAGGGAAGGUUGGCCCCUGGUCCCAGAGGCUCCGGUGUGGGGUCCGCUGGCUCUGUGGCUCUGGCCCUGAGGUGAGGCAGAGCAUCGUGGCGGAAGGGUGUAGUGGUGACCAUGAAGCAGAGACGGAGGAACGGCAUGGUCUCUCGGAGGCGGAGCUGAAAGACGUCUUGUCCUUGGACGAUGAGGUGCUGCAGGUGGUGUACCGGGACUGGACCCCCCCCAGCAAGGAGCUGCUGCGCUUCCCGCCCCUGCUGUGGGUGCGAUACGCGCGGAGCAAGGCAUCUGGCGGGCAGUGGGCAGACCCUGCACGCACCCAAGGCUGGGCCUGCUGUGCCCUCGGGCCGUCAGCCGGUGUCCCUCCCCGCAGACAGCUGGCUGAGGUGGUCUGGGAGCGCUACCUGUCUGGGCCUGAGGAAGCCGAGAGGCACCGCGUCCUGGCCGACUUCUUCUCAGGGGCCUGGAGCCAGGGCACCAAGAAGCUCAUCACCCUGCCGCUGGUGGGGAAGCCCCUGAACCUGGACCGCAAGGUGGCCCCGCAGCCCCUGUGGUUCUCGGACACGGUGGCAAACCAGCGGAAGCUGAAGGAGCUGCCCCAUCACCUGCUGCACUCGGGGCGCCUGGAGGAGCUGAAGCAGGAGGUGCUGGGUAAGGCCGGGGGGACCACAGGUCCCCACUGCUCCGCCACGCGCCUGCCUUCUGGGAGGGGCAGAGGGCAGGGCAGAGACCCUGCAGAGCAGACCCUCCCUUCACAUUCUGCUGCAGGAGAGGUGAGGUGUGUUAAAGUUUUUGCAGAAGGGAUUCUUGCCAUCUCUGCCUCAAGGGACCACACUCUGCGCGUGUGGAACUUACUUUCUGGCCAGGAGAAAUUUACCAUUUGGGAUGGAGGCUCGAAAAAUUCCACUGAAUCCCAGAUCUGGAACCUUCAUGUGGAUGAGACAAAUAAAAUCAUGUAUUCAACCUCUGGCUCCAAGAUCAACGCUUGGAGUUUGGAAACGGCGGAGCUGGUUUUCCGCAUCCCGGGAGAUGGCGCCGAUCCCUGGGUGAGCACGGCCGUGCUGGCUUCCCAGACCAGGCUGCUGGCCGUGUCCAGGGGCGGCGAGGUCACUCUGUGGAACUCGGCCACGGGGAGCCUGCAGGGGAAGCACCGUUUGUCCAGCAUCAAAGAGGAGACCCCCACCUGUGCCGUCUCGGUCCAGACGCAAGGCAAGGUGGUCACUGGGUUCAGUGACGGCUCCAUCUCUUUGGUUUCCCCUGGAGGAGACAGGUUGCUGGAGAAGCUUCCAGAAGCUGUGGGAUUCCUGGUGGUCUCUGAAGACGAGUCCCUUCUUGCUGCAGGCUUUGGACGAUCCGUGCGAAUAUUCUUGGCCGACUCACAGGGCUUUCACCGUUUCAUGGCCAGCGACUUGGAACAUGAGGACGUGGUAGAGACAGCUGUUUUUGGAGCUGAGAACAACCUGAUCGUCACUGGGUCCCGGGAUGCACUCAUUCAGGUGUGGAGUCUGUCGGAGCAGGGCACCCUGCUGGACGUCCUGGAAGGUGUGGGAGCCCCUGUGAGUCUGCUGGUCCGGGGAGGGGCCCUGGUGGCCUCUGCCUCCCAGCAGUCCUCAUCCUUCAAAGUCUGGGACCUCACCUGCACGCAGAGGCCCCGGGCCUCGGCUCCCUUCCUGGACCGCACGGGGCUCACUGCAGUGUCCCACAACGGAAGCUACGUCUACUUCCCCAAAAUCGGGGACAAAAACAAAGUCACCAUUUGGGACGUGGCAGAAGGUGAGGAGCAAGAUUCCCUGGACACGUCCAACGAGGUCAAGUGUCUGGAGGUCGCCGAGCAAGCCCAGCUGCUCUUCACGGGCCUUGUUUCGGGAAUUGUCCUUGUGUUCCCCCUGAAUUCCCGGCAGGACGUGAUGUGCAUCCCCCCUCCAGAGGCCCGCAAGGCCAUCAACUGCAUGUCCUUGAGCAAGAACGAGGACCGUCUGGCCAUUGCCUAUGACAACAUUGUCCUGGUGCUGGACAUCAGCCCGGGAGACCCCUGUCCCGUCAUCGAUGGGCCAACAUACACCUUUUAUACCCAGCUGCCUGAGACCAUAGCCUGUGUGACUGUUUUGACUGAUUACCGUGUGGUCUACGGCAUGACCAAUGGCGACCUGUUUCUGUACGAGUGUGCAAAUUCCAAGGUGUUCCCUUUGGAGGCCCACAGGAGCCGAGUCACCUGCGUGGAGGUCAGCCACCAGGAACAGCUGGCGGUCAGCGGGUCUGAGGAAGCCUUGCUGUGUCUCUGGGAACUGGAGGCCUGCAAGUGGAAGUUCAAGAUGAGCUACACGAGUUCCUUCUGCAGAGGAGUCCAGUGCGCUUGCUUCUCCAAGGACGACAAGUUUGUGUACGUGGGCUUGAAGGACCGCUCCAUAGUUGUCUGGAGCGUGCUGGAUGGCACCCUGCUGGCUGUCCAGUUUGUCCAUGCAGUGGUAAACAGAAUCAUUCCCACCUCCAAUGGCUUUAUUGCUCCCACGAGACAUGGCUAUCUCAUCCGAGAGCGUUUCCACUGUCCUUCUUCAAGAGCCUCACAGGAGGAUCCCCUCAAGAACUUCAAGAAGGCAGUGUGGAUGGUCAAGUCCAGGCAGAGAGAAGAGCUGGCCGCAGCUGCAGAAACACCCCAGGACUUGACAUCCAAGAUGGCCCAGGGAAACAAAUCCAGAUCAAACAAACAUUCACAAGUCUGCCUUUUGGUGUGAAACCCCGCCACGGAGCAUGAGGUUCCAAUGAGUUGGCUCCACCUAAUCUGGUUGAAGCAAAAAACACAUUUGCUGCUGUACCUGUGGACCCAAGGCCUCCGAUUAUGAGACCAGGCCUCACCUUUUCCAUCUUUACAUCCUUCUUUCCUCCUUCUUCGGUUCCAGCCUCAUACCUGCCACCGGCAGGUUAGCAACAAACACGCUGCCUUCUCAAGUUCAGUAGAAAAGACAACUCCCCUGUCCCUGGAGUUUGCACCUAAGUCCUAGCCCUGGCUCUAUUGGUUUCAAUUGUCUCAACACUCCUCCUUGAACCAAUCACGAGCUCCAGGAGAAUGCAGUGCCCUGAUUGGCUGGCUUGAACUGAACAGAGCUGAGGGUGGAGAGAAUGGCCACUCCACAAUGUUGACUGAGAAUGGAAGACGGUAUUCCUGGGAGGGAAACUGGGAGGCUAGGACCAGGUAAAGGAGGGAUGGAAGAAUGUGGAGCUUUACAGUCCACAGAGGCGGUCGUCUGAUCCUCAUCACAGUUGAUACCUCAGGGAGGGCAGGAACUGCUGUCUCUUGUUUUACAAGCGAGGAAACUGAGCCUUGCAGACGUAACUAUGAUUUGCUUCAAGUCACAAGCCUGUUGUACAAAAGCUCUGAGAAAUGAGAUUCAGGAGCCUUCCUUCCCAGUCCUUGUUGGACUACGUCUCCUGCUUUUGUCUUGGAAGCAUGAUGUAUCUCCUCCAUGGGGCACACUCGAAUGCCCACGAGGGUGGUCAGUGAUGAUUCCCACACACCUGAGUGUACAUCAGGGAACAACAGCCUGGGAGCAUGGAGAUACUCAUCCUUUCACAGGUGGGCAUGAGCACCCUGACUGUAGCCCAGAAUGGCCAUGGCAAAAGCAGCCCCCCCCCAUUGUUAGUGCUUCUUUUCUGAAAGCCAGAAAUCGAGGCUUUUAUGCAAAAUGUUCCUGCUUUUAAAAAUUGGCAAUUGGCUCAAAUUUAUAUCUAGAGGCACAUUUGGCCUGUCUCUAAGUUCAUGAGCUGACUUCAGGACUCAAGCUGCAUUAAAGUAAUAAACAUGUUAACAUGAUAUAUUCUUCCAGCCCUAUUCCCUGGCUCCCAAGCUCUAGGAUAAAGAUGCUUUUUUUUGUCUUGAAAACUGGAGGCUCUUGGAAGCAGGCAGAGAGAGAGAAAGAGAGAGAGAACGAGCACACACAGGCGAGCAAGCGAGAGCUGUUGACAUCUCUCGGCUUUGCUUUUGGACCAUCUGCCUGUGCAGGUUCAGCAGCUGAACUGAUUCCAUUUCACUCAAAUGGAUCUUUCCUCUUUGCCCACAGUCUUCUAAAAAGCCCUGCUUGCUUCUGAAGCCUUUGCUAUAAGGAGGAGUCCAAACCUUGGUGGUGCUUGCUGCUCCUUCUGCCCUCCAUUGGAUUCUAGACACUGUCAGUAAGAGCAACCUUGGAGGAUGAGGCUUUUCUUGUGGGGGCUGAUCAGGGUGGAUGCAGGCCUCACAGGUGCUCGGCAGGUGCUAUGCCACAGAGUGACAAGCUACAGCCCCGAAAAUGAGGCUUUUGAGUGGACGAGACUCUACUGACUAUAAUGUUCAUUUGUUUCCCAAACCAGGGUUCCCAGUCGGGCUUUGGCAGUUCUGUGAAUGUUGACAUCCACUUCCAUUUUAAAAUAUCUAAUCGGUGAUCUUAAAAUGUAUGCUCAGGUGCAUUGGGCAUCAGCUUUCUUUUUAGGUUUUUAACAAUUCUAUUUUAUUUUUAUUAACGCGUAUUAAUUGUACAUAUUAUUGGUGUUCAGUGGGAUAUUGCAAUACAGGUAUAUAGUGUGCAGAAAUCAAAUUCAGCCUCCCAUAACCACCCUCUCCAUCCAACCUUCCUGACCUCUAGUAACUCUGCACUGCACUCAGCACAUUUAUUUUAUUCUUUUAACUUCCAUACAUGAGAAUAUGCAGCACUUGACUUCCUGUUUGGCUUGAUUCACUUAACACAAUGUCCUCCAGUUCCCCCCAUUUCACACAAAUAAAAGAAUUUCAUCCUUCUUUAUGGCUGAAUGAUACUCCAUUGUGCAUGUUUACCACAUUUUCUUUGUCGACAUGCAUCUUGGGCACUAGGCUGAGUUCAUACCUUAGGAGAAGAUUUUCAAGUGUUGGAAAUCACUAAUUCAGGUUUGCCUCAUCAUCUCCAUUUGACUAAAGAACACACUUAGCUUACGAGGGGACCCUUAGUGGGGAAAGUGACUCUUUGCCAACGUGUCUGUGCCUCAGGUGUUAACUCUAUGUGGAAACCAAGUGGGUGCUUAACACAGCGAGAUCUCGUCUGCAACUUCUGGUUUAAAAUUUCUGUGUCCAUCUCAACGUUUCUGAUGGGUUCAGUGAGAAGCAACCGCUCUGCAGUAAAUACAAUCACGUGUCACUGAAAAACAGGAGCACACUCUGAUGUGCGUUGUUAGGUGAGUCUGUCCUCUGCGAACAUCAUAGCAUGUUUAUGCAAACGACAGCUCUGAUGUCACUAGGCCAUGCAACCUUUGGGGAUCACUGUGGUACAUGUGGUCCAUCAUGGACUCAAAUGUCAUCAUGCAGCAUGUGGCUGUACUAAUAAGAACUAAUAAAGGGCUACUCCAAAUGGUUGCUUUUAUAUGCGCACAAACACAUAUAUGUGUGCAUAUAUACACAUACAUAUGCAAACUUGCACAUAUAUUCCUGUGUAUAUGCAUACACCUGUAUAUAUCUAGAUUAUGUGUGUAGUGUGUGUAUAUAUAUACAUAUAUACAUAUGUAUACAUACACACACACUCACACACACACACACAUAUAUAUAAUUUUUUUCAGUAGUUUUCAUUCAACAGACUCUGGCUGGCUGCUAUGGAAGUUUGACAUUCACUGUGCUUUGGAGAAGACUAGCUGAUAUGAGGUCUCCCAACUCCCCAACAUCCAUGACAACAUGGCUAUUUGAUCCCCACCUUUAUAAUGGAGGGGGCACUUAAAAAAAAAUGAAGAUUGAACCCAGAGGGCCUUAACCACUGAGCCACAUCCCCAGUCCCUCCUCCCCUUUUGAGACAGGGCCUUGCUAAGUUGCAGAGGCUGGAUUCAAACUCACAAUCCUCCUGCCUCAGCCUCCUGAGACACUGGGAUUACAGGCCUGCACCACUGUGCCUGGUUUCAAGGGGAACAUUUUUAAAAAAUAGGCUUUAUUUAUUUUUUAAGCAGCUCUAGGUAAUGUUUCUCAUUUCCCAACCCCCUACUUCCACACAUUCACAGCCUCAGCAUUUAUCAUUUCCCCCCAGAGUGGGACAUUGGUUAUAAUGAAAGGACCUGCCCUGACACCCCCUUGUCCCAGGGUAGGCAUUUUUCAUGAGGCCACCUCACGGUAUAUUAGCUUUUUAUUGCUGCAUAACAAAUUGCCGCAAAUUUAGCAGCUUCAAAUGACAUCCACCUAUUAUCUUAUAACUUCUCAGGUCAGAGUACAGGCAUGGACUGAACCGGUUCUUUGUUCAGUGACUCACAAGGUGUCAGUGACACUGGGUUCCCGUGGGGAAGCUCAAAGUCUGCAUCCAAGUUCAUUCAGGUGGUUGGCAGAAUCGAGCUCCUUGGGGCUGCAGAACUUGGACCUCGGGCUCCUAGAGCUGCCCUUCUCCAUGGACAGGUGGCCAAACAGCUAGUUCCUUCUUGGGCACCAGCAGGUGGCUCCUCAAUGCCCCUUUCAGUCUCUGAUCUCCAGAUUAUCUUUUAAAUAUGUCCUUUUUAGGCCAAGCCCACCCAGAGUAAUCUCUCUUCUGAUCAACUCAAAACCAACUCGUAUAUAUUUGCAAAAAAUACUUUCAAAUCCCUUCACCUUCGCCAGGUAGGGUAAUUACUGUGGUUUGGAUACGGUCUGAGUGUGCCCCACAUAGCUUCGCAUUCUGGCAGCUUGGUUCUCAGUGUGAUGGUGUUGCGAGGCGUGGCUCGUCUCUGAGGUAGGCCCUCGGAGAAGGCAGCACCCUUGGAAGGCAUUACUUUAGGUCUCAAGGAGUGAGUGAGUUGGGAGAGUGAUUGUACAAAGUGAGGCCACCACAUACCCUUGUUCUCUUCUGCAUAGUGCUCUUCCCCGCCUUGUUGUGAUGCACUCAGGGGCCCUCCCUCCUUGGUACCAAGCUGUUUGGAUCCUCUAGGAAUCAUGAGCCAAUAAACCUCUCCACCUAU